AUGGAUUUAUACGAGUAUUUCAUUUCGUGUGAAAUAUUCCGUCAAAUCUUAAAAUGCGUUCAAUAUUUACAUGAAUUGAAUCCACAGAUCAUUCACAGAGACCUAAAACCCGACAAUAUAUUGAUUGCACACAACGUAAGGAACGGUAGGUUUUUGAAGUUAUGUGACUUUCGUUUGGCUACAGUUCACGACAAACGCAUUCACUACAGAACUACACGUAAACAUACCGCAGAUAUCGGGGACAUGAGAUACCAGUCGCCGGAAGUUGGUCAGGGUAGAAAAUAUGGUCAUAAAUCAGAUAUUUAUAGCCUGGCACUAAUUGGUGGUAAUAUAUUUGACGUGGACUCCACAACCGUAUUCAACAAUACAUACUCUCCUAAACUCGUCGGCACUUGAGUUGCAAACUCUAUUGGACUCAAUGGUGACCCACAAGUGGCCUAAACGUACGGAAUGUAGUGAAGUGUUGCAGAAAUAUAACGAGUGGUCUAUCGAUAGGAAUAUUGUGGCAAA